AUGAAUGACUUCUAUUCAGAGCCUACACCAAUAGGCUACAAAUGGCGCUCUUCCAAAUGGUUCAUCCUCUCAACUAUCACGAUCGCCUUGUUUGCUGAGACCUUCCUUUACGGGUUCCUCGUUCCCAUCCUAGGUUACAUGUUCCAGAGUCGCCUACAUAUUGAUCCCUCUGAGACCCAAAAGUUUACUUCUGCUGUCCUCGCCCUUCAUGGCGCUGUCUCCGUCAUCUCGGGCCCUAUCAUCGGCCAUUUUGCUGAUAAGAGCCCGAAUCGCAAGGCCCCAUUGCUACUAUCUCUCCUCGCAUGUAUUAUAGGGACCGUGAUGAUUGCUGGCGCUCCUUCGGUCCCUAUACUCUUUAUAGGCCGUGUGAUGCAGGGCAUUGCAGCCUCUGCAGUGUGGAUUGUCGGAUUUGCAACCAUUGCAGAUACUGUGGAUGAGGCGAAUAUCGGGACCGUGAUGGGCUUAACGAUGUCAAUUGUUAAUUUGGGAAUGAUCGGCGGACCUGCUGUCUCCGGCUUGCUCUUAGAGGCUACAGGAUACUGGGUAACAUGGUUGACACCACUUCUGAUUCUGACUGUCGACCUUAUUGCACGUCUAGUGAUGCUUGAGAGCCCGCCAAUUGAGAACACCCCCAAGGAUUCCCCCUCUCAGUCUAAACCCUCAUCUCAAUUGGAGGCAGAUGUGGAAGAGACAUUGGAGACCUCAGAGACAACAAGUCUGCUUUCCCCACGCCAAGAUUCUCAAAUUCCAAGCAUUGCGGCCAACUUUUGGCGUAUUAUGUUAUGUGAUGCCCGUGUAUUGACAGUUCUACUUGUCAUUAUCUCUGGCACAACUGUGGGUACAAGUUUUCAUGCGACGCUUCCACUGCACGUACGAGAGACUUUUGGAUGGGGCCCAGGAAAGACUGGGUUCUUAUUCUCCUGUCUUAUUGCCCCGGGCCUCCUUCUCGGACCCCUCGCUGGCUGGAUUCGCGAUCGUGUCGGAAUACGACCUCCUGCUGUGGUUGCUCUAAUACUUCAGGCCGUACUACAAGGCCUACUGGGUAUUGCCGGGAGCAACCGUUUCUCCUGGGCUAACGCUCAAAAUUGGGGGGAAACAAUCUAUGUAGCUUCUAUUAUGGCUAUUGGUGCAACGAGACCAUUUAUGACAGGCAUAGGACCAACCGAGUUGACUGUUGCGGUCAAAUCCCACCAAGAAAAGAAUCCAGGCAUCUUUGGACCCAAAGGCGGCUUGUCCCGUGUAUUUUCUAUGAUGGAGGUUGCUGCUUCCCUUGGCAUGACAAUUGGCCCGAUUAUUGGCGGCUAUCUGAAGGAAAUGGUUGGCUACGACUAUAUGAGUUGGACAUGGAGUCUUCUAUAUCUUAUCCUCGCUAUCCUUGUCAUGUCCUUCUUAGGAUCCAAAAACCCCGAUGAAACUAUCCCUUCUGAGGAAAUUCAGUAG